CACACUAGACGCUUACGUCAUGGCGCCAUGUUCUUUCCUGCGCUUCCCGGGUUUACGCAGGUCACGUGAACCACUUUUCGCGCGAAAACUGCUUGCUCUGGAGGAGCGGAGAGGCGCACGGCGCUGCGAUGGCGGAUUCAUCUGAGUCCUUCACCGGUGCAUCCAGCCCGGCCCAGCGUCGGCGGAGCAAUGAUCCUCUCGCCUCCAGCCCUGGGCAGAACUCACGACGCACAGAUGCCCUGACCUCCAGCCCUGGUCGUGACCUCCCGCCAUUUGAGGAUGAGUCCGAGGGGCUACUAGGCACAGAGGGGCCCCUGGAGGAAGAGGAAGAGGAUGGAGAGGAGCUUAUCGGAGAUGGCAUGGAGAGGGACUACCGUGCCAUCCCAGAGCUGGACACCUACGAGGCCGAGGGACUGGCCCUGGACGAUGAAGAUGUCGAGGAACUGACGGCCAGUCAGAGGGAAGCGGCGGAGAGAGUCAUGCGGCAGCGGGACCGGGAGGCUGGCCGGGGCCUGGGCCGCAUGCGCCCCGGGCUCCUGUACGACAGCGACGAGGAGGACGAGGGGCGCCCUGCCCGGAAGCGCCGCCAGGUGGAGCGGGCCACCGAGGACGGCGAGGAGGACGAGGAGAUGAUCGAGAGCAUCGAGAACCUGGAGGACCUCAAGGGCCAUUCGGUGCGCGAGUGGGUGAGCAUGGCGGGCCCCCGGCUGGAGAUUCACCACCGCUUCAAGAGCUUCCUGCGCACCCACGUGGAUGGCCACGGCCACAACGUUUUCAAGGAGCGCAUCAGCGACAUGUGCAAAGAGAACCGGGAGAGCCUGGUGGUGAACUACGAGGACCUGGCGGCCAGGGAGCAUGUCCUGGCCUACUUCCUGCCAGAGGCACCGGCCGAGCUGCUUCAGAUCUUCGAUGAGGCUGCCCUGGAGGUCGUGCUGGCCAUGUAUCCCAAGUACGACCGCAUCACUGACCACAUCCACGUGCGCAUCUCGCACCUGCCCCUGGUGGAGGAGCUGCGCUCGCUGAGGCAGCUGCAUCUGAACCAGCUGAUCCGCACCAGUGGGGUGGUGACCAGCUGCACGGGCGUCCUGCCGCAGCUCAGCCUGGUCAAAUACAACUGCAACAAAUGUAGCUUCGUGCUGGGGCCUUUCUGUCAGUCCCAGAAUCAGGAGGUGAAGCCGGGCUCCUGCCCCGAGUGCCAGUCAGCUGGCCCCUUCGAAGUCAACAUGGAAGAGACCGUCUAUCAGAACUACCAGCGCAUCCGAAUCCAGGAGAGUCCCGGCAAAGUGGCGGCCGGCCGGCUGCCCCGCUCCAAGGAUGCUAUUCUCCUCGCCGACCUGGUGGACAGCUGCAAGCCAGGAGAUGAGAUAGAGCUGACCGGCAUCUACCACAACAACUAUGAUGGCUCCCUCAACACUGCCAAUGGCUUCCCCAUCUUUGCCACCGUCAUCCUAGCCAACCACGUGGCCAAGAAGGACAACAAGGUGGCCGUGGGGGAGCUGACCGACGAGGACGUGAAGAUGAUCACCAGCCUCUCCAAAGACCAGCAGAUCGGCGAGAAGAUCUUUGCCAGUAUUGCACCUUCCAUCUACGGGCACGAAGGCAUCAAGAGAGGCCUGGCACUGGCUCUGUUUGGAGGGGAGCCCAAAAACCCAGGUGGCAAGCACAAGGUGCGAGGGGACAUCAAUGUGCUCUUGUGUGGCGAUCCGGGCACGGCCAAGUCUCAGUUCCUCAAGUACAUCGAGAAGGUGUCCAGCCGCGCCAUCUUCACCACCGGCCAGGGGGCGUCCGCGGUGGGCCUCACGGCAUACGUCCAGCGGCACCCUGUGAGCAGGGAGUGGACCUUAGAGGCUGGAGCCCUGGUUCUGGCCGACCGAGGGGUGUGUCUCAUCGAUGAGUUUGACAAGAUGAAUGACCAGGACAGAACCAGCAUCCACGAGGCCAUGGAGCAGCAGAGCAUCUCCAUCUCCAAGGCCGGCAUCGUUACCUCCCUGCAGGCUCGCUGCACUGUCAUCGCCGCCGCCAACCCCAUAGGAGGCCGCUAUGACCCCUCGCUCACCUUCUCAGAAAACGUAGACCUCACAGAGCCCAUCAUUUCCCGCUUCGACAUCCUGUGUGUGGUGAGGGACACGGUGGACCCAGUCCAGGACGAGAUGCUGGCCCGUUUUGUGGUUGGCAGCCACAUCAGACACCACCCCAGCAACCAGGAGGAGGGGGCGCCGGGCCGCAGAGGAGCCCCGGAGCCUGCCAUGCCCAACACGUAUGGUGUGGAACCCCUGCCACAGGAAGUGCUGAAGAAGUAUGUCAUCUAUGCCAAGGAGAAGGUCCACCCCAAGCUCAACCAGAUGGACCAGGACAAGGUGGCCAAGAUGUAUAGUGACCUGAGGAAAGAGUCCAUGGCAACAGGCAGCAUCCCCAUCACGGUGCGGCACAUCGAGUCCAUGAUCCGCAUGGCGGAGGCCCACGCGCGAAUCCACCUGCGUGACUAUGUGAUAGAAGACGACGUCAACAUGGCCAUCCGCGUGAUGCUGGAGAGCUUCAUCGACACGCAGAAGUUCAGCGUCAUGCGCAGCAUGCGGAAGACGUUCGCCCGCUACCUUUCCUUCCGGCGUGAUAACAAUGAGCUGCUGCUCUUCAUCUUGAAGCAGUUAGUGGCAGAGCAGGUGACAUACCAACGUAACCGCUUUGGGGCCCAGCAGGACACCAUCGAAGUUCCUGAGAAGGACUUGGUGGACAAGGCUCGUCAGAUCAACAUCCACAACCUCUCUGCCUUUUACGACAGCGAGCUCUUCAGGAUGAACAAGUUCAGCCACGACUUGAGGCGGAAAAUGAUCCUGCAGCAGUUCUGAGGCCGGGCCGGCCAGUCCCAGUAGCUCGCCGGGAUUCCAGCUGGGGAGUCAGAUGCUGUUCUAGCUUCAGGGACGCAAAAUGGAACCGCUGAGGCACGCCAAGUGUGCAGCCAGGGCUCGCAUCUGAACCAUCUGGCUUGCCCCACGGUGUCCUGGCUGCGGCUGGGGCCGGGAGUGGUGGUGUUCAUUUCCUUGGCUCCACUUUGAGCAUCUCGCACCACCAUGUUGGGUGGGCCCACUUUGCUGGUGUUUCUCUUUUGGCAGCCGCCACCUGUGGGAUGCUUGUCCCCUCUUCUUCCUGGGGUUGGCAUCCCGUGUUGAGGAUACCCAGUCUGUUUAGGUAACCAAGCACAUAAGGGUGUUGGGAGAACUGUUGCCCUCUUGGUGUGACUUUGUGUGUUGCCUGCUUCUGCCGCUUCGGCGGAAGAACAAGGUCAGGGUAUUUGGAGUGUUUCUGAGCUCUGUCCUGCAGGUUUCUCUAGGCUCUGUGAGUAAACGCCUGGGCGGAAGGGAGCGCAGCCUGUCCACACAGCCCCGUUGUCCCCUAGUGGGACCAUCCAUCACCAUUACUGUUAGUCUGCUCUCUCCUACCUGACCGAUUCCCCAUUCUCAUUGUUCAUACAUUCAAUUUUUGUUGUGGUUUUAAUUUUUAAUAAAAUGAAGUCAAAUCUCAA